CUGUGCCGAAGCAAUAUAAAGGGCUGGGAACCGUUCAUAGGUACCCAGCUUCCUUGUUUCCUACCUGCUACGUUCUUCUUGUCGAUCUGUGAUCGACUUUUUUUUUCCACUUUCUUUCAUCUUCGACUCUCCUUCUGCGCCCACUUCAUUUCCCUUUCGCAGAUUUUCUCAAGUGCAGAGCACAUAUUCGUCGCAGCGCGCACCUUCUUGACAUCGUCCCUCUUGUUCUGUCUGACCUUUUUCGACUUCGGUCUCAAAAUGCAGUUCAUAUUUGCCCUUCUUGCCUUUUUUGCCUGCUUGGCCACGUCUGCUAGUGCCGCUCCGCAUGGAAUGCAGUCUGCAGGGUUUCUUAUGGUUCGAGAUGGCGACCAGGGUAUUACUGAGAAGGAACACGUCGAUAAGAAAACCAGCAAGAAUAAUGCUGGGACUAAUGCUACAGACACCGCUGCUGCUACCGAUACUGCCACUAACGCCACUGCGACAGCGGUCACCUCCAGCAAUUCUACAGCUGAUGCAGCGGCGGCAGCCAAUAAUGCUACUUCUACUGUCACUGUUACCGUGACUGCUAGCAACUGUGCUGCUACCGAUGCGACUGGUGUAAACGCAACUGCUGCCACAGAUGCUAACGCUGCUGCUAAUGCUACCGAUGUCAGUGCUGCCACUAAUGCUACGGAUGCUGCAGCCGCCGAUGCCAGUGCAACUGCCACGGAAGCAGCAGCGACGUCUACAACAUCUACUUCGUCGAAGAAGAAUGACGCUGGAAAGAAGAACAAGAGUGAUGCUAAAACUGUGGUUACAGAUUUGUUUGGGGGUCUGAAGAAGAGAGAAUAUGGUCGCCGUGGACUCGUCAACCGUCUGAUACUCGACGGUGUUCUUGAUCUCUGAAUGUGAUUGGGAGAGAUUGGAUCUAUUUGAGCUACUCAGUGAUAUGGUUUUUACUAUCAUUGAUCGCAAGUACGGACUAUUUCUCAUAGUAGACAGACUUUUCCCUAUUAUCGACAUACGAACAAUGUAGUAUGUAGUUUGACAAGGAACGCUUAAACCGAAUCUGUGUCUGG